UGGGGGGGGGGGGGGGGCAGUCCUCCGAGCAGGACCAGAGAGCCGAGCCGAGCUGAGCCGAGCAGGCUGAGAGAGUUCCGUAGCUCUGACCCCAGGCUGGAUUAUAUUAUCUGGUACCAGGUUCUGACGGUCCGGACCAGAACCUCCCCCCCCCCCCCCCUCAGUCCGCCAGGUCGGGGCUCCGCGGCAGCAGCAGCAGAAGAAGAAGAAAGCGGGGCAGCGCGUGGCACUUUGGAUUUAAAUACCUGAUUGGACUUUCUGCGCGUGCUCGUCCAGCCAUGAUCCACUGAAGCUGAGUCUCCAUCGGACCUGCAGCCAGAUCUCUCCUCCUCCUCCUCCUCCUCUUCCUCUUCCUCUCUCUGUCCACCAUGCUCCCCUCCUGUCCUCCCUCUCCUCUUCCUCUUCCUCUCCUCCUCCUCCUCUCCCUCCUCCUCUCCGUUCCGGCUCUGCCCACUCCUCCCUCCUCGGACUCGGGCAGGGCGGAGUUCCGGGCCUCCGACACGUCCUUCACCCACCUGACGGUCCACCAGAGGACAGGUGAGGUGUUUGUCGGCGCCGUCAAUCGGGUCAUCAAGCUGUCGGCGGGUCUGCUGGAGCUGAAGAGUCACGUGACGGGGCCGGUGGAGGACAACGCCAAGUGUUACCCCCCUCCCAGCGUGCGGGCCUGCGCCCACCGCCUGGAGUCCACAGACAACGUGAACAAGCUCCUGCUGGUGGAUUACACGGGCCACAGGCUGGUGGCGUGCGGCUCCAUCUGGCAGGGCGUCUGUCAGUUCCUCAGGCUGGAGGACCUCUUCAAGCUCGGCGAGCCUCACCACCGCAAGGAGCACUACCUGUCCGGAGCCAAGGAGCCUGAUGGGAUGGCAGGAGUGGUUGUGGGUGAGGAUGACUGGACGGCCGAGUCCAGGAAGAAGAAGCCGGUGAAAGGCAGCAGCCGCCUGUUCAUCGGCGCCGCCAUCAACGGAAAGUCGGAGUAUUUCCCCACCCUGUCCAGCAGGAAGCUGGUGGCCGACGAGGAGAGCGACAACAUGUUCCUGCUGGUCUACCAGGACGAGUUUGUGUCCUCGCAGAUUAAGAUCCCGUCAGACACGCUGUCCACCUACCCGGCCUUCGACAUCUACUACGUGUACGGCUUCUCCAGCCGCACCUACGUCUACUUCCUGACGCUGCAGCUGGACACGCAGCUCACCCAGAUGGACGCCGGAGGAGAGAAGUUCUUCACCUCCAAGAUAGUGCGCAUCUGCUCCAACGACACAGAGUUCUACUCGUACGUGGAGUUUCCCCUGGGCUGCACCAAAGACGGCGUCGAGUACCGGCUGGUCCAGGCUGCCUACAAGCAGAAGCCGGGCCGGCGGCUGGCCCAGGCGCUCGGCCUGUCCGAGGACGACGACAUCCUGUUGGUGGUCUUCUCACAGGGUCAGAAGAACCGCUCCAACCCGCCCAGAGAGACGGUCCUCUGUCUCUUCACCCUGCACGACAUCAACCUGGCCAUGAGGGAGCGCAUCAGCUCCUGCUACCGUGGCGAGGGCCACCUCACCUUACCGUGGCUGCUGAACAAAGAGCUGCACUGCAUCCACACUCCCAAGCAGAUCGGAGACGACUUCUGCGGUCAGGUUCUGAACCAGCCGCUGGGAGGCCUGCGGGUCAUCGAGGGACAGCCGCUGUACGAGGACCGGACCGAGGGCAUGGGCGCCGUGGCCGCCUACACCUACGGAGAACACACGGUGGUGUUCGUGGGAACCCGGAGCGGCCAGCUGAAGAAGAUCCGCGUGGACGGGAUCCCGCCGCCGGCCCAGAAUGCUCUGCUGUACGAGACGGUGACGGUGGUGGACGGCAAACCCAUCCUGAGGGACAUGGUCUUCAGUCCGGACCAUCAGUACAUCUACCUGCUGAGUGACCGGCAGGUGAGCAAGCUGCCGGUGGAGAGCUGUGAGCAGUACAGCAGCUGCUCCGACUGCCUGGGAUCAGGAGACCCUCACUGUGGAUGGUGUGUCCUCUUCAACAAGUGUUCCAGAAAGGAGUCAUGUGACAAGUGGGAGGAGCCUCAGCACUUCAACACACGUCUGGACCAAUGCGUGGACAUCUCCGUAACCCCGAGCAACAUGUCCGUCACCUCACCUGCGACUCAGCUGACCAUCAGGGUGCAGAACGUCCCGGAGCUUUCAGGCGGGGUCACCUGCGUGUUCGAGAACCUGACGGAAACACCUGGACAGGUGCAGGGUAAAGGUCAGGUGGUGUGCAUGUCGCCGUCGCUGAAGGACCUGCCGGCACACAGUCCUCCUUACGGAGAGAAGCGGGUGGUGCAGCUCAGUCUGCGCUCCACAGAGACCGGCCUGCAGUUCAUCUCCACCACCGUGGUCUACUACAACUGCUCCGUGCUCAGCUCGUGUACUUCCUGUGUCAGCAGCACCUUCCCGUGUCACUGGUGUAAAUAUCGCCACAUCUGCACCAACAACCUGCAGGACUGCUCCUUCCAGGAGGGGCGAGUCAGCAGCAUGGAGGGUUGUCCUCAGAUCCUCCCCACCGCCAACAUCCUCGUCCCCGCCGGGAUGGCUCGUCCAAUCACCUUGCGGGCUCGUAACCUCCCCCAGCCGCAGUCGGGUCAGAAGAACUACGAGUGCGUGUUCAACAUCCUGGGGAAGGUGCAGCGCAUCCCUGCUGUGCGCUUCAACUCCUCCUGCAUCCAGUGUCAGAACACCUCGUAUACGUACGAAGGAGACGAGGCUGGAGAUCUCCAGGUGGACUUCUCCAUCGUCUGGGAUGGAGAUUUCCUGAUCGACAAACCUGCCUUCAUGAAAGCGCUGCUGUAUAAGUGUGAAGCUCAGCGCUCCAGCUGCGGGCAGUGCCUCAAGGCGCCGUCCGUCUUUGAAUGUGGGUGGUGCAUGGAGAGCAGGAAGUGCCUCCUGCGGCAGCAUUGCCCCUCGGCCGAGCAGAACUGGAUGCACCACGGUCGACACAACGUGCGCUGCAGCCACCCGCGCAUCACCAAGAUCGAUCCUCUGACCGGACCCCGGGAGGGGGGGACCCGUGUGACCAUUGAGGGGGAGAACCUGGGUCUGCAGGUGAAGGAGAUCACUCACAUCCAGGUGGCCGGGGUUCGCUGUAACCCGGUGCCGUCGCUCUACGUCAGCGCUGAGAGGAUCGUGUGCGACAUGGCUGAAGCCCUCCUGCCCCACUCGCCCGGCGGACCCGUGGAGCUGUGCAUCGGUGUCUGCAGCGCCGAGUACCGGACUCUGUCAACCCAGACGUACUCGUUCGUGAGCCCGAGCUUUACCAGGAUUCGCCCACUGAAGGGGCCGGUUUCUGGAGGAACCAGGCUCACCGUGAUUGGUCGACACCUGGACUCUGGCAGCGGCGUCACCGUCUACAUCCACAAGGAGGAGUGUCUCUUUGUAACACGCACCAAUCGGGAGAUAGUCUGCAUAACUCCCGCCUCCUUGUCUAGCACUGGCCCCGCCCCUGUGCGUCUGAUGAUCGAUAGGGCCGAGGUGACCAACUCUGACGUCAGCUACAUCUACACCGAGGACCCGACCAUCUCCAGCAUCGAACCCAACUGGACCAUCCUGAAUGGCAGCACAGUGAUAACAGUGACAGGAACCCACCUUCAGACCAUCCAGGAGCCCAAAGUCCGAGCCAAAUAUGCAGGAGUGGAGACUAGUAAUUACUGCACCGUGCUCAACGACAGCACCAUGACCUGUUUGGCCCCCGGUCUGAUCUACAACAAACCCAACCCGCCAGAGGGGGCGCUGCGGCCCGAUGAGUUCGGCUUCAUCUUUGACCAGGUGUCCUCUCUACUCGUCCUAAACUCCACCCCUUUCACCCACUACCCAAACCCCACAUUCGAUCUGCUGGGAACCUCUGGGAUCCUGGAGGUGAAACCGGGCUCCCCCAUCAUCCUGAAGGGUAAAAACCUGAUCCCGGCGGCGCCCGGCAGCAGCCGGCUGAACUACACGGUCCUCAUCGGGGAGUCUCCCUGCCUGCUGACCAUCUCUGAGAACCAGCUGCUCUGUGAUUCUCCUGAUCUUACCGGAGAGCAGCGAGUUGUGAUCCAGGUGGGUGGUCUGGAGUACUAUCCAGGUAUUCUCCAUAUUUACUCCGACAACACCCUGACGCUGCCCGCCAUCAUCGGCAUCGGAGCGGGCGGAGGCGUCCUGCUUAUCGCCAUCAUCGCCGUGCUGAUCGCCUAUAAGAGGAAAACUCGAGAUGCUGACAGGACGCUGAAACGGCUGCAGCUGCAGAUGGACAACUUGGAAAGCCGGGUGGCGCUGGAGUGCAAAGAAGCUUUCGCAGAACUGCAGACAGACAUCCAAGAGCUGACCAAUGACAUGGACGGAGUGAAGAUCCCCUUCCUGGAGUAUCGCACCUACACCAUGAGGGUGAUGUUUCCUGGUAUAGAGGAGCACCCCGUCCUCAAAGAGCUUGAUUCUCCUGCUAACGUGGAGAAAGCUCUGCGUCUCUUCAGCCAGCUGCUCAACAACAAGAUGUUCCUGCUCACCUUCAUCCACACCCUGGAGGCUCAGAGGUCCUUCUCCAUGAGGGACCGAGGGAACGUAGCCUCGCUGCUGAUGGCCGCUCUGCAGGGUCGGAUGGAGUACGCCACGGUGGUGCUGAAGCAACUGCUGGCCGAUCUGAUCGAGAAGAACCUGGAGAACAGAAACCAUCCCAAGCUGCUGCUCAGGAGAACGGAGUCAGUUGCUGAGAAGAUGCUGACCAACUGGUUCACCUUCCUGCUGCAUCGAUUCCUUAAGGAGUGUGCCGGUGAGCCUCUCUUCAUGCUGUACUGCGCCAUAAAGCAGCAGAUGGAGAAAGGUCCGAUUGACGCCAUCACAGGAGAGGCUCGCUACUCCCUGAGCGAAGACAAGCUCAUCCGGCAGCAGAUCGACUACAAGCAGCUGACGCUGAUGUGCAUCCCUCCGGAGGGCGAAGCCGGAACCGAGGUGCCGGUGAAGGUUCUGAACUGUGACACGGUGACCCAGGUCAAAGACAAGCUGCUGGACGCCGUCUACAAAGGAAUCCCGUUCUCUCAGAGACCGCAGGCUGACGACAUGGACCUUGAGUGGCGGCAGGGUCGACUGACCCGGAUCAUCCUGCAGGAUGAAGACGUGACGACGAAGAUAGAGAGCGACUGGAAGAGGCUGAACACGCUGGCGCACUACCAGGUAACAGACGGCUCGUUGGUGGCGCUGGUCCAGAAGCAGGUUUCUGCCUACAACAUCGCCAACUCCUUCACCUUCACCAGAUCCCUCAGCAGAUACGAGUCCUUACUGCGGACGUCCAGCAGUCCCGACAGCCUGAGAUCCAGAGCUCCAAUGAUAACCCCAGACCAGGAGACAGGAACUAAACUGUGGCACCUGGUGAAGAAUCACGAGCACAGCGACCAGAGAGAAGGAGACCGGGGCAGCAAGAUGGUCUCUGAGAUCUACCUGACCAGACUGCUGGCCACCAAGGGGACUCUGCAGAAGUUUGUGGACGACCUUUUUGAGACUGUGUUCAGCACCGCCCAUCGCGGCUCUGCGCUCCCGUUGGCGAUUAAAUACAUGUUCGACUUUUUGGACGAGCAGGCGGACAAACGGGCGAUCACCGACCCAGAUGUGCGGCACACCUGGAAAAGCAACUGCCUUCCUCUCAGGUUCUGGGUGAACGUCAUAAAGAAUCCUCAGUUUGUGUUCGACAUCCAUAAGAGCAGCAUCACGGAUGCCUGCCUGUCGGUGGUGGCGCAGACCUUCAUGGACUCCUGCUCAACAUCUGAACAUCGACUGGGCAAAGACUCACCGUCCAACAAGCUGCUCUACGCUAAGGACAUUCCCAACUACAAGAGCUGGGUGGAGAGGUACUACAGGGACAUCUCCAAGAUGCCCAGCAUCAGCGAUCAGGACAUGGACGCCUACCUGGUGGAGCAGUCCCGCCUUCAUGGCAACGAGUUCAACACACUGAGCGCGCUCAACGAGCUCUACUUCUACAUCAACAAGUACAAGGAAGAGAUCCUGACGGCGCUGGACCGGGACGGUUACUGUCGGAAACACAAGCUGAGGCACAAACUGGAGCAAGCCAUCAACCUGAUGUCUGGCAGCAGCUGAGACCAGGCGGCGGAGCGACGGGGCGCAGGAGGAAGGAACGGGGAGGGGCGGGUAGUUGUUCUGGACAGUCAGCCCAACCGGGCCGGGUCGGACCGGGUCGGACCGGGUCGGACCGAACGGACAGCAACACUUUCAGCAUCACCAGCGAUCAAUCUAUCAGUAAUUUAUUGGUCUGAAGGUGGAUUGAUUGGCUGAUCAGGACCAGACUGUCUCCUGAGACACACGGAUUCUUUUACAACUGGACCGGGACCAGCUGGAUCCGGUUCCACCAAACCAGGGUAGCGAGGAGCAGUGGGGGGGGGGGGGACCCAUCAGGACUUUAGGGCCAGGACUUGGACCUGGUCUCAUGGUUACAGAAGGGUCUCCUCUCCGAGCGGAUUCACCCGGACCGGGAAGGAUCUGGUUCCGCCGCCACAACGUCAGGCUGCCGGUGUUGAAGGAAAGAGUCCGGUUCUGAUCCGGAAUGUGUUUUUUGUUUUGAAGCUUUAAGGAAGGAGGAUGACGCUGAAGUGGACGAGCCUCGCUGAUGCCAGACGUCGGUUCUGAAGCCGAGUCAGAACUUUUCUCUGGACAAUCAGCUUUUCCACAGCACACUGAGCCCCAUGCGUACCGACCGACCACUUCCUGUCUCCGUUCCUGCCCCCCCCCCCCCCCCCCUGCUGUCUGACCCCGCCCCCUGCCUCCUCAUUGGUCAGCCAUGCUGGCCAGGAGGAAGUACUGCCCGACCAAUGAAGACUGUGGACGUCACCGAGUCGUGACACAAACUGAUACAUUCCAGCACAGGUACGCCGGCAGCGUCUGGUUUACAAGCUUUCAGAACCACUUUCAGGGCCAGAACCACCUGGGAUCCGGUCUGAUCCACGCGGCCAAUCACAGCCAUGCUUUACGGCGCCACGCUAACCGUGCCCCGGGGAAAAUACUGUGCAGAAACACAAGCCCAGUGCCAUGCAAAGACCGGACCAGAUCUCCCUCAGGACUGGACUGGACUUGGACCAAAUCCGGAUCCAGAACAAAGAGAAUGGAGGCUAAACUGGACCGGACUCCAAGAACUCUUAAGACUGGUGGCCAUAAUUGUAAACAAGAAAAAAAGAAAGAAAAUGAAGCUAAAAAUGAUGUAAAAGUAUAAAAAGCUGAAAUGUUAACGUGUAAUCAGAACUUUGUGGAUUUUAGAGCCGAACUUGUAUAAAGCUGAACGUAACUUUACAUCUGAGCGCGGAGGAGGACGGAGAGCCUGAAGACGCAGAACCCACGAGACUUUUUGGUACUUUUCUAUGAGCAGAACCAGAGUUCAGUAGGUCCGCCUGCAGGGUUUGGACCACCUGAGACACCUGAGCCCACUGUGAGAUGCUCUGAUUGGGUCUGCUGUGCUUCAACGUUUUCACAUCACACAGCCGGCUCCGCGGUCCCGCUCAGGUCCGCUGGACCGCUACCUUCUGUCAGCAGUACUUACUGUUCUGGUUCUGGUUCCGUCUCUGCUUUUAGCUUCUUCUUUUUUACUGGGUAGGAAUGAGACGAGCCGAUGCGCAGAGAGCCGCGUCUCAGGCUGCUAAAUGCUCUCAUUAAGUCGUUUAAAUUCUGGCCCAGAACCGGGUCAGGUCCAGUAAGCUGGAGCCGUUUCCUUUCAGUUCUUCAUGGCGUUUCGUAGCCGACAGAUCCUCAUAGAAGACUUCAUGUUCAGUGAAAUUUGUUUUAAUUUUAAAGCGGUAGAAAUAAUUUGUGGGUUUGGGGUUUAUUUAGCAUCAGUGACUGCCAUCUGCUGGUCAGGGUGGGAACUGCAGCGGUCAGCCUGCUACGUUCCCGCUUUGAUCCGACAGAAACGUUUCUUUAUUCAUUCAGUUAUCUAGAGAGGAGCAGGUCGGCGGAUCAGAACAAAUGUGAUUCUUGUUUAGAACCGAGUCGGGACCUGAAGUCCCUGCAGAGGCGGAGCAUCCAGACGUGUGAUAGAAAAGGUUUCGGCACAGCUGAACUGUCUCUUUGGGCUCUCUGUGAUGCCAUAAAGAUACGAAGCACCUUUCUUUUCUUUCUUGCUGAUGUUUCACUGUCAUUUAAAUCUGUUUGGGGCCAAAAGGACCUGAGGGAGGAGGGGUUCUGGUUCAGGACUGCCUUUUGUGAUGAUUAUUGAUAGCAGAGGGAGGGAAGCCACUAGCGUACCAACACCACUGUUCACCCACCGCUGUGUGUCUGCGCCGCCGCGCCGCUGCAGUGGAAACUCAGCCGUUAAGCCACCGAUCGUAUCUGCAGCUCAAUUAAAAUCCCUUUUCUUCCAGAGUCGCUGCAUUUAAAUCACCUGAUUCAUAUCGUUUCAAAUCUGCCAUCAGAUCCUCGCUUUGCUUCCUCCUUUCUUUGUAAUAAGGCUGCAGGUCGACCUCAUUAGUGAGGAGGUCUGAACGUGUCCUCCUCGCUGUCCGGACCGAGAUGCUCCACAGCAGCAGGAGAAUGUGGGUGAAAGGAGGAGACGCAGCUGGAAUAAUGAGCAGGAGGAAGACUGCUCAGUAUUCUGGUCCUCCUCUCAGGAGGACCAGGAUGGUGGAUGAGGUUUGGUGUGGAUGGCUUUUAAA